UUACGCGCAGAUUUCAAAACAAAACAAUCAGAAGAAGGAAGAUGGCCUUUGCAUUUCCUGAACUUGCCAUUCCGGAUAUCGUUUCCUCUCUGGAUGAAUUGUGUGGACUGCAGCUCAAAGAAACUUCAUUCAGCAAACCAGAUCCCUUGCAAUGGAUAGAGAUAUUUCGAAGACUCAUGUGCGACAUCACGGAGUCGUCUGACGAAAAUCUACAGGAGCCACUGUUGCUCUCACAAGACCUGGAGUAUCCCGAGAUCUACACAGAUGCUAUGGCAAACAUGACACUCAUACGGAUCAUGGGCCGAAUAAUGCCGACCAUGUACAUCAACGAUUUCUCCGCCAGAGAUAUCUACUUCCCAUCAUGUGAACGGUUGAAGAAGAUAUGCAGCAGCAUAAUCAACUUCCUGCGUUUCAAGGCUACCCGUAUGAUUGCGUAUGAGGAUAUGCGAGCUGAUGUGGAGUCUGAACGAGAGCAUCACGAGACCUUAUUGAGGAGAAAUGAGGAGCUGAAACAGAAGAUCAACAAUAUCAGGGCAGAGAGGGCUGAACAGGAACCACUGGUGGCUCAGGUCCAGGCAGAUGUAGACCAGUUGUCAAUCGCAAUGCAGGAACAACAGAGAAACAAGCAGACAUUGACCAAGUCCAUCUACGACAUCAAGUCCAAUAUUACAAACAGCAAGGCUAGACAGGAUGAGUUGAAUUGUCGAGUUCUGAAACUAAAAGAACAGGAGGGCCACUUAGCGCUGAAGAUCGUGCAGUCACCCGCCAAGGUGAUGGCUGAACAGGAAGGGUUGAAACAGCGCGUGCAAGAGGCUCGUGAUCUCCUGCAACGAAAACAGCUCCGGCUCACGGAGAUAGAGAGACAGCGUAAGGACAUCAAGCAGACGGUCAGUAACCUGGAGAAGGGCCUCGCCUUGCUGGAGCUCAUACAGAAGUCUGUAUACAUGGAGAUAGAGAGACAGCGUAAGGACAUCAAGCAGACGGUCAGUAACCUGGAGAAGGGCCUCGCCUUGCUGGAGCUCAUACAAAAGUCUGUUGACAAAGAAAGUGAGGUAGCUGCGGAUGUGUCCGUCCUUAUUGAGCAAGUACAGGAAGUAACGGAGCAGAUUCAUGAAACAGAAUGUCAGAAGGAACGCGUCCAGGAAUUACUGCGGGGCCGUCAGGAGCGACUCUCGAAACUGGCCAUUAUGCAUCAGAACAAAGUCCACAUCCUGCAACAGCAGAUAAUGGCUGAUACGGAAGAGAAAGAUAAUUUUGAAAAGAAGGUUGCAAACGACUCCGAGAAAAAAAGCCACUUGUUACAAUACCGUAAACGCAUGGAGGAAGAUGUCCACAGAUACCAGAAAAACAUCGAACAAAAAGUGGAGGCAUUGAAAAACAAAUAUGGUCAGCUUUUGGAAAAGACUGAUGAGUAUAACACAUGUAUCGCAGAUGAAUGGAACAAAGUUCGACAGUUGUUGAAAAAGUGACGCUUUGUACGUGUACAUAACAUCACCAUGUUCAUCACAGUGCUAUCUAACACGCAGCAAAACUUUCAUGCAAUAUCACAUUGUUUGCCAUUCACAUGCAGUUUUUGUAACAUGGUUAAAGAUUUUGUCAUUCUUACUGGAUAUGGUCACAUUGUUUGCUUUUAAAUGCUUAGCAUGUAGAAAUAUAAAAUAAUACUUAAAUACAUGAAUUUAUUUUGUGGCAUUCUAACUUUUCGCAUUCUUACUCUUCAAAUCUAAAAGACUGUGAGUAUAAUCUUAGAAUGAUGAGCUAAAUAUACUAUGAAGGUCAUUCAUAUCCCCCAAUGCAAAAUGGGCAAAGCUUGCAAAACAAUACUGAAAUUUAGAUUGUCAGUCAUUCAAAGAAAAGAGUUUAGGUAUUAUCAAAGCCUUGAGGUUGUCUUCUUUGUUGUAGAGCAACAUUGGCUCAAUAAAACUCAGUCCUGGGCUAGUAUUCAAUAUUGAUAUUAUCCUUAUCUUUAGACAUGCUUCAGUGAUUCCAUUCAGUCUAUUGGUCAGGCUGGUCAGCUAAACAUACAGGCCAAUCGAAACAUUUAGUUUCUGAUCUUAAAUCAAGCUCAGCACGCUAUUUUCGUUUUGGUAUAAAUUGCGUAAUAUUCUCUUUUUAAAGAGUUUUGAGGCUUGUAAAGGAAAUUAUAUUUGAGAUCAAAAAGAAAAACUACUUUUUGUUUUAUAAAAUCAUAUUUAAGUAAGUAAUUUUGCUAAAUAAAAUAAGAUGCUGAACCGAGUUACGCUUAAGAAAUUUUGUUCAAAUCCAACAUGGUACACAUUUUAUCAGUGGCAAUACACACAUGUAUGAUAAGGCCUAUAAUGUCACAUUAAAAUUUAAUACAACCAUAGUAGUGUUUGUCAGGCUAAAUAAUGAUGCCUUUGCACAAAAUAUUCAAAUUUUAUUGAAUUUCCAGGCAUCAUUUGUAUCUAUUAAAUGAUGAUUACCUUAUUGCAUUCUUUAACUAUUUUCUUUCCUCCUUUAUCGACCAUAUAUACCAUGUAUAUAUUUUCUUUUCUUCAUUUAUUUAUUUUCUUAUUUUCUCAUCUCUGCAUUUCUAUUUUUUUUACUCUGACUAUAGAUUUUGUUAUUUUGGUCAUUUUGAAUAAAUUUGAUGCAACUUA